CACAUUUCUCACAACCAAAAACAACACGAAUACUCAAAGCAAAUUCUCUCAUCGAUUUCUAAUUUAUUUUUUUGUACUUUGAUUCAAAGCAACGAACAAUGAUCUUAUCUUGGGGAAGAAGAAGGGCCGGACGUAAAGCCAACAACAAGAAACAAUUUUGUAAUUUGGACAUGGACGUGGAGGAGAUCGCCAUUCCGACGCAUUUCCGGUGCCCGAUUUCCCUCGACUUGAUGAAAGAUCCGGUGACGCUUUCGACGGGAAUGACGUACGACAGGUCGAGCAUUGAGAUGUGGAUCGAGACCGGCAACAGUACGUGUCCGGUGACUAAUCAGGAACUAGUGAGUUUUGACCAGAUUCCGAACCAUGCACUGCGUCGGAUGAUCCAGGAUUGGUGUGUGGAGAACAGGUCUAAUGGCAUCGAGCGGAUUCCAACGCCGCGAAUCCCCGUGACUCCCUAUGAGGUUUUGAGGAUCCGCGAGAGAGUUGCGGGGGCAGCGCGGCGUUUGGAUGAGAAGAAGUGUCAUGAACUGGUGGGGAAGAUUAAAGCGUGGGGCAAGGAAAGCGAGCGGAACAAGAAGUGUAUGGUCGAGAACGGAAUUGGCAGCUGCUUAUCCGCUGUGUUCGAGUCCUUUGCCGACGGUUCAAUGGACAAGCAUGUUGAGAUAUUGGUGGAAAUUCUAUCAGUGCUGCCGUGGAUUUUUCCAUUGAGUGAAGAAGGCCAAUCAAAGCUUGGAUCUUCAGGGUGUUUGCGAUCUUUUGUGUCGUUUUUGGAGGGGAAAGAUCUAACAGCACGGAAAAACGCGGUUUUGGUACUUAGAAAGUUGUUUUCUUCGGAUCAAAAAUAUGUGGAUGCUUUCUGGGCGAUUGAAGGAGGUACUGAAGCAAUUGUUGGGAUCAUUAGAGAACCUAUUUGUCCUCAAGCGACCAAGGCCGCUCUAGCUUGUGUUCUUUUCAUGAUUUCAUCACCGCCAUCCGCGCAAACCAGUGACGAAAUCAGAUCAAGAUUUGUGGAAUUGGGUUUGGUUUCUUUGCUGCUGGAAAUUCUUGUUGAGGCAGAGAAAGGAGUUUCGGAGAGAGCUUUGUCUGUUUUGGAGGUUCUUUGCGACUGCAAACAAGGGAGGGAAAAGGCCCUUGAGAAUGCUCUCACAAUGCCUCUUUUGGUGAAGAAGAUUUUGAGGAUUUCAGAGUUGGGGACGGAGUUUUCGGUGUCUAUAAUCUGGAAGCUGUGCAGGAUUGAAACCGAGGAAAGCGUUUUGAUUGAGGCGCUUCAAGUGGGUGCUUUUCAGAAGCUGUUGGUGGUCUUGCAGGUCGGGGUUAGUGAUGGGAUCAAGGACAAGGUUACUGACUUGCUGAAAUUGUUUAAUCUGCACACGAGUGAAUUGGACUGUGUUGAUUCCUCCAUGGAUUUCAAGUACCUGAAGAGGUCAUUUUUGAAUUAAGAGAGAAGAAAUUACUUUUCUUGUUCUUUAGUUGUGUUAGAAAUUCUUUUCUGUACAAAAUAGAGAGAUUUGUAAAGCAAGAUACCAUUCACUUAUUCAAUUAUAUAUCAAGUUGAAACCUGUAACAAACAUUCAUUCUA